UGGCAUAAAAUGCAUCAUGUCCUUACAAAGCAUUCUGCUCCAUGCACAGAAGAACGGAGAAAAUAUAACCACAACUUUGCAGUUUCCACCUCAUUUCAUGGAUUACAUAACCUUGUAGAUGGCAAUAGCACUGGAACAUGGGGCCAAAUCCGCAGAGUUGUCUGGUUCGUUGUUGUACUGGUUGCUCUCUUUGCAGCAUUUUCGCAAGUCUGUUCACGCAUUGUAAAUUAUUUUAGUUGGCCAACAAUGACAUCAGUAACUGUUCAGUAUGUUGAAAAGAUUGAAUUCCCCUCUGUCACAUUUUGUAAUCUGAACAGGUUCCAAACAGCUGCAGUGAACAAUCUAAGUAUUGCAUUUUUAAUGUGGAACAUUGUAUCUACAGUACUGUAUUUUUCAAAUGCAGGAAAAGAUCACGAGGAUAUACAAGAAAUUAAUCAAUUUUUGCAGCUCCACCAAAAUUUCAGCAUCAAAGACUUUACAAAAAAUUAUGGAUUUUAUCUCAAUAACAGUACACUGUUAAAAUGUGACUUCUUUGGCAUUCCAUGUUAUCCAGAGGACUUUGAGCAUGUUUUUACAGAGUAUGGGAACUGCUACACUUUUAACCACAAUACACCUAAUUCAAAAAGCAUUAAUACAGCAGGGAAAGGAUUAAGUAUACUGUUCGAUAUCAAACAGACAGAAUUCACAGAUGAUCCAACACUGGGCUUUGUGGAUGCUGGGAUAACAUUUGUGAUUCACUCACCAAAGAUUCCUCCCAGAUUUAAUGGUCUUGGCUUGCACAGUCCAGUCGGGAUGCAUGCACAUGCUUCCAUCAGACUCUACAAGGCAAUAAUGCAAGAAUAUCCUUGGGGAGAAUGUAAUCCUGAUUUAACACUGGUAAAUCAUGAAAUCUACAGUACAUAUGGAUGUGUACAGGAGUGCAAGGCAAAUUAUAUACAAAAAGAAUGUGGAUGCUUACCAUUCUUACUUCCCGGCGUUGGAAAGGAAUGUGACCUUCCAAGGUUUUAUACCUGUGUAUAUCCUACACUUUUCAGAAUCGAAAAACUGGACCUAUGUAGUAUUGGAACCUAUAAUUCUAGUUGCCCAGUUCCGUGUGAAGAGACUGACUACCCAGCUACCCUUUCAUAUGCCACAUUUCCCAGUAACAAAGCUGCAGAUUUCCUCUCCAAAAAGCUGAGUAAAAAUAUAACCUACAUAAGGAAUAACUUAGUGUAUAUUGACAUUAAGUACAGUGAGUUGAAUUACAAAGUAACCCAGCAGCAAAAAGCUAUGACGUCAAGUGCACUGCUAUCUGAUGUGGGUGGACAGCUUGGUCUUUUUUGUGGAGCAAGCAUGAUUACAGUUAUAGAAAUUAUGGAGUUUGUAUUAACAAAUGUUCUCUGGGCCUGCGCAUUCAUAUUGCUGAAAAUACCCAACAUAUCUCAGUGUGCAGUCAGCCAAGCAAGAUACAAACAAGAGAUACAGAAUUGCUAAACAGGAAAAUAUUUAUUGUGAGAAAACUUAAAGCCCAACUCUAGGAUAUUAGUUACCCCUCCUCCCACUCCUCUCACCUUCCUCUAACUGCUGGAAAAAAAAAUGGAAUGCCAAUUUUACUUACCUGAAGCCAUGGUCACAUGAUGAUCUUCUAAUUUCUUCUGUUUACUUCAUGGGUUCCUUCUUCGGUGUCCACAUUGCUGCCUGCUUGAUGUGGACACCUCCUGUUGGUGGAAACAGCAGCCAGGUUCUUUCUCAUAGGCUCCACAGGCAGGCAACCUCAUGGGACCAUUGAGGGGACCAGUGCCCAAGAAGAUGAUGAGCAGGGAACAUGUCUGGUCCCCUGGGCACAAAUUUAGCUUGGAAACUGUGAAAUUAAAGGACAUUGUGACUUUGAGCCAUUACAUUGCUUAGGAAGAGAUGCUUGUAAUCAAAUCUGAGGAGUAACUGAUGCAUAACGCAUAAAUAACUUUUUUCCUGGAGUUGGGCUUUAAGACUGUUUCAUGCAACACCUGUUCUAUGAUGUGAAAAGAGGUAGAAGCACACCUAUACAACUAUCACUGCUAACUUGUUUUUAAAGGUGAAAGGCUCUGGGAUUGUCAUCCUUAUCCUCCGCUACUAAGGGAAUCACUGAAACAAGAAUGUAGCCCAUGAAUGUCUAAUGGUCUAAAAACGAAUGCAUAUUAAUGUUCCAGCCUUGUGACCCUCUAGUAGGCUUACAUUAGCAUAACAUGCUCCGUAGCCUGUACAUUUUAAACAAAGCCAGCACAAUUAGGCCCAGUCAAAUUUAGAUCCUCACAAAUUAUGAAAUACUGCUCAGUCACAAUGUUUAAGGAUUUUUUUGUAAUUCAAAAUCACAUGCACGUGUGAGUAUGUGCAGUCUUGCUCAAGAUACUACU